GUUAUAGAGGUUAGUGCGUUGCAGAUUACGGAAAUUAGUUGUAGAAUCAGAACAAUGGUGGCACCGAUCCAUAAAGCAAUGCUGCAACAUCUAACGUGUGACAUCUGUUUCCAAUACCUUUCCGUUCUUCCCAUAAAGGUUACCAAAUCGGGAAUGAAGUUCUGCGGCCGAUGUUUAGACGUCUUGCCAAAUGACUCAGCGUGGUCUAUCUACAAUCGCAUUGCCAAAUAUUGCGCCUUCGAUUGCGUCAACAGAUUCAGCGGCUGUACAGCAAAGUUGGAAAUUCACGAAGUCGUUUCUCACGAGAAAACGUGCGUUUUUCGCAACAACAAAUGUUGCUUCUGUGAUUUUCAGGGAAACUGGUGCCAGAUUGUAGAACACUGCAAAAGGAUUCAUCCAGGCCGUGUAGUUACCAAAACAUUGCAAAUCAACUACAACGAGCCCAACACUUUCCUAGUGGUUGUCGACACCAACAUUUGCCUGGUAAGAGUUAGGCGGAACGUCUCACAGAAAACGUUGUAUUUUAUGGAACACAAAAGCAAGUGUAGUCGCAGACCUUACAAGUGCCCUCUACAAAAAUAUGACGUCGUCGUUUACUCCACCACCGACUUGGUAACUCACUGGCAUUGCCGUACUCCCAAAUUGAUUUCGAACAAAAUCAUCGAAUGUGACAACUUUGACAAAUACGAAUACUAUUUGGCAUUGGGCACCGAGUUGUACCACGUGAUGAUUAAUUUUUCCGAAAAAAGUAUAAGCGUAAUAAUCGAAGAAGCAAAUGUGUUUCCAAAUAGGAUAGAGUUUCGCCUUUCAGGUUUUUGCACGGCAUAUAAAACAUUUUACGAAUUACAGUUAGAUAGGAUUGGCGACAAAAUGGAGUAUACUUCGAAUAACUCAUCGCCCAAAGGUUAUUUAAUGUCUAAAUUGCAAAUUUCUUUCGGUAAUUUGCAACAGUGAUCACUUAUUGACUUGUGAUUCUUUCCAAACGGAAAUCAGAAUAACGUCAAAUGGUAAUUACAUGACUAUAAUAUUAUUAACGUUUUUGUCUGCUCAAAUCAAACAGUGUCAAGGAUGGUAGUAAGGAAAUUGAAACACAAAAUAUACAAAUACGGUCUGCUAUAUUGCAUACUGUAUAAUCGUAAGUAUCUAACUUUGCAACUACUCUGAGGAAUUAGUUUACAUUGAGUUCUAAUUACACCAAUUACAUGGGAAGACAUUUUUGGUCCGACACUAAUUAUUAUCAUCUAUGUGUGAGAAAUUGUAUGAAUAUUGGUCUAUUUUGAGUAUAUAUAAACAAUUUGAAAUUCUUAAACCAAGUCAAAAAAAUUAACAAAAAAAUAUAUAUUCGUUCGCAGCUUUUUUAUAGCUACUGCUACUUCAGUUAUAAAUCAUAUAUCCAAGACAAGACUAGAUAAAAUGGAACUUACCGCUACUAGACCAAUAGUGAAACAGUUGCA